UGGGCAGCGGGGGGAGGGUAACGGAGCCCGCCAGGGCCUUACAACUCCGCCAACCAGUCCUGGAAGAACCGUGGGCCCUACCGGAGCCGUAUACGCGCGCGUCAUACCGGUGACUUUUCGUCGUUCACGAGAUUUUUCUCACCAUCGAAGGCGAUAAUCUCGGGGUCGCCGAACCCGUUCCUCCUUUCUGUCUCUCUCCCUCUUUUUCUUCGUCUCUCUAUCUCUUUCUUUCUCUCUCUCUCUCUCUCUCUCUCUCUCUCUCUCUCUCUCUCUCUCUCUCUCUCUCUCUCUCUCCCUCUCGUUUGCACGUUCGUUCCGUUAAGCGCACGUCGUUUGCCCGAACGCACGACGAAUCACCGAGGAUGAAACCGCCGGAAUCGUAAGGCGGAGUAAAGAGGUGCCGUGGGCCGAUCGUCGAUUGAGACAAGGAGAGGCGAGGGAGAGAGAGAGUGAUAUGGAUGACGCGAGGUAAAAUCACGGCGACCGGUCUUUUAAAUGGAUCGACGCCGGUCUCACGAGGCGUUAGUGGGAUAAAGAGGGAGGAGAGGCGAUCAUCACGACGACGUCGGCGAAGACGACGACGACGACGACGACGUCGACGACGACGACGGGGGGCGGCACGGGGCACAUUGAUGGAACAUUGAUCACGCUCGGCGAGAAAGAUGCGGGGCAGUCCUGCCUUCUUCGCCAUACUGCUGGGCACGAUAUUCGGUGUCCUCGGCGCGUCGCUGAGCAAGGCGCUCAGGUACAAGGCGCCUGACGAGUGCAAGUGGGUAACGACUGGCGACGCCGAAGACGACGUCUCGCUCGUGUGCCGUCUCAGAACCAUCAACAGUGAGCUGGAGAAUACCAACUUCAGCGUGAUACAGCCGCAGCACACGGUGCGCCUGCGGCUGGAAUGCAGCGACGGGCUGUUCUACCAAAGCUCCUUGAGCGCCGGCAGUUUCAGGCCGCUGGUCGAGUUGCGGGAACUCGUGAUCGAGUACUGCAAGAUCGGCAACCUGUCGGACGACGCGUUCAAGGGGCUGCGAGAGCUGCGUAACCUCACCGUGAGGACGCACAACACCGAUUGGUCCGCGAUGGCGCUCGACGUGUCCGCGGGCGCCUUCACCGACGAGCUUCGGCAGCUGGAGAAGCUCGAUCUCGGUGAGAACAACAUGUGGAGCAUACCGGAAGGCGCGCUUUGUCCCUUGGUGAAUCUUGAGGUGCUGAAUCUCACGAGGAACCGGCUGCGCGACAUCACGAGUUUUCGCUUCAGCACCGCGGCGAGAUGCCUCACGAGUCUCAAGGAGCUGGAUCUCAGCAAUAACAGUAUCGAGUCGCUGCCGAGCGCGGCCUUCUCCGGCCUGACGCGGCUGCACAGCCUGGAUCUGCGCUGCAACGCCAUCGGCUUCAUGGCGGAUCGCGCGUUCGAGGGCCUCUCCUCGCUGGCCAUCUUGAGACUCGCCGACAACCGACUGGCCAGCCUGCCGCCGGAGCUGUUCGCCGACGCGAGGGACAUACAGGAGAUACAUCUGAGGAACAAUACGCUGAGUGUUCUACCGCCCGGAUUGUUCAGUGAACUGACACAGUUGUUGGUGUUAGACCUAUCUCAUAACGAGCUCACGGCGGAAUGGGUGAACGCGGCUACGUUCGGUGGUUUGGUACGUUUGGUGGUGUUGGACCUCUCGAGCAAUCGUAUCGCGCGGCUCGAUCCGACGGUCUUUCGCGAUCUCUACAGUCUGCAGAUACUACGGUUGCAGGAGAAUCUGCUGGAGAGUCUGCCGGAGAACACAUUCUCGGCGCUCUAUAAUCUGCACACGCUGCUGCUGAGCGACAACCAAUUGACCGUGGUGGAUGCCACCACGUUGAGCGGCCUCUACGUGCUCAGUCUCCUCUCGCUGGACAACAACCGGUUACACACGAUACACCCGAGUUCCCUGAGAAACGCCUCGUCCCUACAGGACUUUCAUCUUAACGGUAAUCGGCUGACAUCGGUGCCGGAUGUCUUGAAAGCCACUCCCUUGCUGCGCACCCUCGACCUCGGCGAGAACCUCAUCUCUGAGAUACCGAACGGCACCUUCGACCACGUGACGCAGUUGUACGGGCUGCGAUUAACCGAAAAUCACAUCGGUAAUCUCACCAAGGGCAUCUUCGAUCGUAUAAAGGAACUGAAGAUCCUGAACCUAUCGCGCAACCGCAUACAGUACAUUGAAACCGGUACAUUCGACGAGAACCUCAAUCUCCAGGCGAUCCGUCUGGACGGCAAUCAGCUGGCCGACAUCGCUGGCCUCUUCACUCACCUGCCGAAUCUCGUGUGGCUGAAUGUCAGCGAUAAUCGGCUCAAGUGGUUCGACUACGCCAUGAUACCGACCGGACUGCAGUGGUUGGAUAUACAUUCCAACGAGAUUCGCGAGCUCGGCAAUUACUACGAAAUCGAGACACAGCUGCAACUAAGCACUUUCGACGCCAGCGAGAACCGUCUGACCGAGAUCACCGGCAACGCCAUCCCCAUGAGCGUUGAAUUACUGUUUCUCAACGACAAUCUCAUCUCCAAGGUGCAGAGCUACUCGUUCUUCAAGAAGCCGAACUUGACGCGCGUGGACCUCAAGGGUAAUCAAAUACGCAACCUCGAGCCGUACGCUCUGCGCAUCAGCGCGGUGCCGACGGACCGGUCGUUGCCGGAGUUCUACAUCGGCGACAAUCAGUACCUGUGCGACUGCACCAUGGAGUGGCUGCAACGCGUCAACCGGCAGAAUCAGACGCGCGUGCAGCCGCGCGUUAUGGAUCUCGAGAGUAUCUACUGCAAGCUCCUGUACGACCGCGAGCACGCGUUCGUGCCGUUGGUCGAGGCGUCGCACUCGCAAUUUCUCUGCAAAUACGACACCCACUGCUUCGCGCUGUGCCACUGCUGCGACUUCGACGCGUGCGACUGCGAGAUGACCUGUCCGCAGAACUGCACGUGUUAUCACGAUCAGUCGUGGUCGGCGAACGUAGUGGACUGCUCCAACGGCGGACACACCAGCAAGCUACCGGAGCAGAUACCGAUGGACGCGACGCGCCUCUAUCUGGACGGUAACGACUUGCACGUGGUGUCCAGUCACGCGUUCAUCGGCCGCAAGAAGCUCAAAGUUCUGUUCCUCAACGCCUCCAACAUCGAGAUCGUGCAGAACCGUUCGUUCAACGGCCUGCGCGACCUCGAGGACCUGCACCUGCAGGACAACCGGAUACGAGAGCUGCGCGGCCACGAGUUCGAAGGCCUGGACGCGCUGCGGCAGCUGCACCUGCAGCGCAACCGCAUCGUCGCGAUCGGCAACGACACGUUCGCGCCGCUGCGCUCUCUGCGCAUCCUGCGGCUGCAGAACAACCGUCUCAUCAGCCUGGCGAUCUGGUCGCUGCCGACCACCAUCGAGGUCAGCCUAGCCGGCAAUCCGUGGUCCUGCGAGUGCGAUUACCUGCAGAGUUAUCGCGAGUGGACGCGCAAUCCGAGUGUGAGCGUCAGCGACGCGUCCGCGGUGCGCUGUGUGUACAACGUCAGCGAGUUCGAGGCGUUCGGUGACGAAGUGUUCGGCGACGACGAGUUCGGUUUCGUGAUGGCGACGGGCGAGCGCGGGAACAACGACAGCAGCAGCGUCUGCACCGGCGCGGCGAGCAUCGAAAACGACGCGCAUCGCAACUACACCAAGACCAUCAUCGAGAAGCAGGUGCUGCAGGAUUACUUGCCGCUCCUGGUGGCUACUUUGGCCAGCUCGCUCAUCGUCAUGCUGCUCUGUAUGCUCGCCUUCGUGUUCCGUCACGAGCUGCGCGUAUGGUUCCACUCGCGCUUCGGCGUGCGGAUAUUCUACCGGAAUCACGAGGUCGACCGCGACGACCGGGACAAGCUGUUUGACGCCUUUGUGAGCUACAGCUCGAAAGACGAAGCGUUCGUUGCGGAGGAGCUGGCGCCGGUGCUCGAAAUGGGCAAUCCGUCGUACAAACUGUGCCUGCACUACCGGGACUUCCCGGUCGGCAGUUUCAUCGCGGACACCAUCGUCCAGGCGGUGGAGUCGUCGCGACGCACGAUCAUGGUGCUGUCGGAGAACUUCAUCAAGUCCGAGUGGUGUCGCUUCGACUUCAAGUCGGCGCAUCAUCAGGUGCUGAGGGACAGGAGACGCCGGCUGAUACUCGUGCUGGUCGGCGACGUGCACCAGCGCGAUCUCGACCCGGACAUACGGCUGUACCUUAAGACGAACACUUAUCUGCAGUGGGGCGACAAGCUUUUCUGGGAGAAGCUGCGGUUCGCGCUGCCGGACGUGCCGAACAACCAGCGGACGACGCAAAGGACGAGGCAGCCGCCGCCGGUCCGACGGCAGCAUAACAACCGAACGUCCAACGGCUCGCGCACCGUGUCCGUCCACAUAUGAUCCGCGAGUGCGAGUCUGUGAUGUGUGCGCGCGUGUGUCAAGUUCGUGUAACGUAAUGCGACGCGACGUGUCGUUCGUGUCGGGUGAAAUACUCGCGGAUAUACACGAGGGUGUACACACAUGCGUCGGACGCGCGUGAGACGGAUCUCGACGACGAGGGUCAGUGGAUCGGAGCGCAUUCGGCCGGUGCAAUACAGUGUGUACAUAAACGACGGAUUAACCUGUAUAAAUGGAGCGCGCCUAUUGCGCGACAGAAAGGGAGGGAAACAAGGAGUAGGUGUACAUAGAGAGUGAUAAAAGUGCGGAGAUAUUUAAGAAGCUCCCGCGCGCGCGAGCGCGCGGUUGUGUUUGUGCUUGGUGUGCGUGAAGCGCGCGCGCGCGCGCCACUCUUGGAGAACGUGUAAAUUAUGUAGUCGCAUCGGAGCGAGUCCACGAGGGAGACGAGGGGGUAGAUAGUUGAAACUCGUUGUAAAUAGAACGUCGUGUUCGCUCGGUCGCUCGAAUUACGAGCGACGAGAGCUGCUGCCGCGCCAUUCGGCUCAUGGAACGUGCGAUCACGUCGGGUGUGACAGUAGUGCUGGCUGCACGCGUGUCAACGUGGAUGUGUGUGUGUGUGCCGUGGAUCGUGGAAAGAGAGCAAGAUACGCAGAAAGAGUGAGAGAGAGAG